GGUAUUAUGAUGGGAAUAAUGAAGGGUAUUACAAUGGGAAUAAUGAAAGGAAUAACGAAGAGUAUAAUUAUCAUGACAUAGAGUUAGAAUAUAUAGAUACUGACUUGGAGUUGGCAGAAGGAAAUACCAGUUUAGAAAUAGAGCACAUAGAAGUGAAAUCUAAUAGUUAUCUAGCUAGAACAGAUAGUUCAAAUCUUAUCACAGUUAUCUACAAUUCAGU